AAACGCAUUUGCUUGAAUCAAACUCUACUCAACUGUCAAUCGCCAUUCUCCAUACCUUUCUCUCUUCAUCUGCAAUCAACCAAACUACCACUCAGAAAACUCCAAGAACACAACUUUUUAUUAUAUUAUUAAAGAAAAGAAUACGUAUUCAGCAGUAAGAAAGAAUCAUUCUUUUCAUUUCACCAAAACCCUUCCAAAUAAAGACGAUUAAAAGAGAAAUCACAAUGCUUUCUUCAUCUUCAAGCUCCACCAGCCCACCUACAGAUAAUGAUGGGUUGCACCUGCAAGAAAGGGCCCUUUGUGGUUCUUGUAUUUCUUCUUCCUCUGUUCCUGAUUUCACAAGUACUGCAGAAAUAGUAGUAAUAGAGGAGGAGGAGGAGGAGCUGCGGGAGGAGCUGGGGGAGGAGAGGAACCCCAAGAAGAGGAGAGAAAGGGAAGAGGAGGAGGGCGAUCAGCUGUCUUUCUUGACUGUUCUGGUGACUGUCUUUAGGAAAUCUUUGGUUUCCUGUAACAACAACAUUGAGGACCAUCUUUCUUCUUCUUCAUCAUCUUCUGCAUCGGUUUCUACUAUGGAGAUCAGCUGGCCUAGCAAUGUCAGACAUGUUGCGCAUGUAACUUUUGAUAGAUUCAAUGGAUUUCUUGGCCUUCCUGUUGAGUUUGAACCUGAAGUCCCCAGAAGACCACCCAGUGCCAGUACUAGAGUGUUUGGUGUUUCGACGGAGUGCAUGCAACUUUCUUUUGACAGCAGAGGGAAUUGUGUGCCUACAAUACUCUUGAUGAUGCAAAGGCGCUUAUAUGCACAUGGUGGCUUGCAGGCUGAAGGCAUAUUCAGGAUUACGGCUGAAAAUGGUCAAGAAGAGCUUGUUAGGGAGCAGUUAAAUAACGGCAUUGUACCACACGAUAUUGAUGUUCAUUGCUUAGCUGGUCUCAUUAAGGCUUGGUUUAGAGAACUCCCUAGGGGGAUACUUGACUCUCUCUCACCGGAGGAAGUUAUGGGUUCACAAUCGGAGGAAGAGUGUGUUGGGCUCGUGAGCCUUCUCCCGCCGACAGAAGCUGCACUGUUAGACUGGGCUAUAAACCUUAUGGCUGAUGUUGCCGAAUCCAAAGAUCAUAACAAAAUGAAUGCAAGGAAUGUCGCUGUCGUGUUUGCUCCAAAUAUGACUCAGAUGGCAGAUCCAUUGACAGCACUGAUGCAUGCUGUUCAAGUUAUGAACUUUCUCAAGAUUCUCAUUGAGAGGACCCUGAGGAACAGAGAAGAAUCCACAAUCGAUGCUAACCCCGAGCAAGAAUCCAACACGACCGAUGAGAACUAUGAAGAACAAAAUGUCGGAGACGAGGAGGCCACAACUGGGGCUUUUCUGAGCUCUAUUGAGAAUAUCCCUCCUGAGGGAAAUGCAGAUGACAUAGAUGAUCUCCCUGGGAGGAAAUUGAACAAACAACCUGAUGAAACCAGCUCUGGAGAACACAAAGGUGGGAAUGGUACCAUAACAAGUGUGAGGAGGGUUCAACAAAAACACCGAAGAAUGAAAAACGUGAAACUGGCCAGUUCCGAUCAUAAGAAGGCCUCCAAAAGAAUCUGUGAUCGCCAACCAGAAAAAAAUGCAGAAGAUAAUAACAAUGGGCUUAGCAUCCGCGGACGAAGCCUAAAUUCUCGAACAGAGAAGAGUAUUAAAGAUUCAAAGUUCUGGCACCCGCUUAGAUAUGCCGUGGGAAACCAACCCAAGAUUUAGAGAAAGUUUACGAAGUGUUAAUGUGAACACCAAAAAAAAAUGUAGAUUAGAAGUUCAAAGAUACAUGUAUACAAAUGAUUUAUUGUUUCUUUAUAGCAUAAUAAUUCUCAAGUUUUUUUGGGAAAGUUCCUGAAAUAGGACCAAAACAAUUUGAAAAUUCCAAAAUAGGACUGUCAUGUUUUUUAUUCCCAAAAAAUGACUAAUUACUGCCAUGUUUAGAAAAUACUGCCAUGUUUGAAGUCUGGUAUUGCCAAAACAUGACAAUAAUUAGUCCUAUUUUGGGAAUAAAAACAUGACAGUUCUAUUUUGAAAUUUUCAAACUGUUUUAGUCCUAUUUCGGGUAAUAUCUCGUUUUUUUUACCCCGGGGGUGUCGGUUUAACUUCCUGUAAUGGUUUUUGUUGUUGAAAACAUGUAUCUAUACUGUAUAUAAUUAUUUCUUCAAAUAAUAUUAUCAAAUAAUAUUAUUGUUCAC